AUGGGCGAAUUAAAUGAAUGGUGUGUAAUUGUUUACGACAAACCAGGUACGGACAGAAUGUCCGUCUUUGAUCAGCAUGUGCAUGGUCUUCCAGGGGCAAUUAAGAAUGGUAGUAUGAUAACGGGUGGGCAAAUCAACGACGAUAGUAACCCAAGAAAACCAAUUGGUUCUAACUUAACUAUUAAAGCUGAAACCAAGGAUGAUGUUAUCAAAAUUUUGAAGAACGAUGCAUUCUACAAGAAUGGCAUAUGGGAUGUUGAUAAUGCAAUUAUCCAUCAUUUAUACUGUGUGUAUAGAGAAGGUUUAGAAUACCAGUUAUAA